AUGGUGCUGCUUAGCUGGUUCAAGCUUCUCGGUGGCCCAGGUCGGCCACCUGAGAUAUUGUGCCUAGGUCGGCACAUUUGCUGUCCUGCGGUGCCCUUGGCCACGCUCCCAGCAUGUGCACUCUUCGUGUCUCAGGCAUCUCCGCAUUGGCUGUCCUUGCUUUGUCUGUUCUCCUGCUCAUACAGCAGUAGUCAGCUUGAGGUUAAUGGCCUGGGUCGGCCAUUGCCUAGUGCCCAGGUCGGCACGUUGUCACGCAUGGCUGUGAAGCUUGAACUUCCUGGCGAUAUUUACUAUGAUGCUCUGGAAAGCUAUAUGCUCACUGCACAGCUUACUGAGCUCAUGCGAUGGCAGCAAGCAGUGAUACCGGCCGCACUCAGUCUGACAGCCAGGAAUGAUAUCUUUCGGUACGCGCGUACUCUGCUUCGGCCCGAGCUAUACCAGCUCUUCUCGCGCUACUCUGAGCAGUACUCGCGCCUGGUGCCAUGUCCGAUGCCUGCUGUUUUGCCUCCGCCAGAUGACCUCGCCAGUGAAAGGCCCAGCCUAGCGGAACAGCAUGCUUGGAUGCACCUUCAGACUGGUGGUGGCUCGCUUUGGGAAGCUGUGCGACAAACAGUGGCCUUACUUGAUUUCGAGGCUCCAAGGCAGGUCAUGAUGAAACAGCAUCGUCAGGCCAGGAGCUUUCAUCUUGGAGUCUGUGCACGCGGACCUUUGAUUGGCAUUUGCAAGGCAACGCCGCUACACCACAACGUGUGCCGUCUGCUUACAUGUCUGGUCAAGCAUGUACAUCCCGAGCACAGCUUUACAAGCCUGGCUGUCAACGUCAACUAUUUCGCUCCGCCACACAAGGAUACCCAAAAUGGUCCGCAACACAACCUUAUCAUCAGCCUCAGCCAGCAGGACCAUGGAGGCCUUUGGGUUGAGGAUCCGCAGGGCAAGAUCUACUUGGAGCAUCAAGGCGAGCUUCGACGUGGCGAGCACUUUUCUCUGCUUGACCAUGCCCUGCUUUUUCCGGCUCAUCGCAAUCUGCAUGCCAGUUAUCCGGAGAGGUCGGCUCCUUUAGCAUCCGAACUUGAUCGGUUUACGCUGAUUGCGUACACAGUUCGCAAUUGGACGAGCUUGCGGGCACCCAUGCGCACGCGCCUGCAAGCGGUUGGCUUCGACCUGCCAGAGGAUGAUGGCCCCAGCCAAAGCAGUUUGCCUCCCAUGCUCCUGCCCACGGUUCUGAUCUGA